AUGAACUCCGCUGUGAUCUACAUGGAGGAGAAACUCUCUGAUUUCUUUGGAGGGGUCGGGCUCUACGUUGCAGUCUACCCUGCUCGGUCGAUAUUGCUCUCUCUCGCCAUAUGCUUCAGCCUGCUGUACGGGACAAAGAUGAUCGAGGCAGAGAACUCAGCGGAGGUGCUGUACUCGCCUUCCAAAGGCAACAGAGCAAGAGAAGAGAGAGACCUGUACCGAAAAUAUUUCCCAACUAGUCGCAAGGCAGCCCGAUACAGUCAGGUGGUGCUCUACUCAAAGGAGGAGGGAGGAAACCUGCUGGACGCGGAGACGAUCGGGCAGAUAAGGAGCAUCCACGAGGCUAUCGUGAGGAUGGAGGUUCGAAACGCCUCAUCGGCAGAUGGGGAGGGCAAGGUUGCCUUCAAGGACGUGUGCCAACGGUUCAAGUUGCCUGGGUAUCCAGACUCUUGCAAGUUCGUCGGAGUCGUGGAGCUCAAGGACUCAGAGAUCUUCAACUUGCCUCCUACGUGGCUCUCCUUGACCCCUUACGGGGACAUCCCUGUAGCCACGUUUGCGGGAGGACGGGAGACCUCUGCGAAUGGUAGCAGGUUGCAGCGGGUUGAGGGGUGGAAGCUUUACUAUCAACUCAGCACAGAGGUGUCAGCUGAGGUUUCGAAUCUGUGGGAGAACUCCUUCUUGGAUCUGAUCGAGUCGGCCAGCCAGAGCUUGCCUCCCUCCUGUCGCUUCAAGAUCGCGUACGAGAUAUCGAGAUCGAGCCAGAUGGAGUUGUCCAAGAGCACCAGCGGCGACACGAUCCUCCUGGUAAUCUCCUUCGUCGCCGUAUCCCUCUUCGCCUUCGUCGUCAUGCACUCCUUCAUGGACAGGGUCGCGUCCAAGGGCGCUCUUGGCCUCUGCGCCUGCCUGUCCGUCUUCCUGGCCAUCGGAAGCGCUUUCGGGCUCAUGGGGUACUGCAGGGUCAAGUACAACCCCGUCGUUGCCUUCGUCUCCUUCCUGCUGCUGGGGCUUGGAGUGGACGACUCGUUCGUGCUCGUGCAGGCGUACCACUACUCUGCUGCGCACCUCCCAGCCGAUGCGAGCGUGCAGCAGCGGAUGUUCCUGACCUUCAAGACCGCUGGCACGUCAAUCUUCUUCACCUCCAUCACCGACUUCAUUGCCUUCGCCGUGGGAGCCUCCAGCAGCUUCCCUGCUGUGCAAGGCUUCUGUGCGUACGCGGCUUCCGGGGUUAUCCUCCUCUUCGUCCACCAGCUCCUCUUCUUCGGAGCCUUCAUGGCCCUCGAUGCUCAUCGCGAGUACUGCCAGCUCUCCUGGUGGUGGCUGCUGCUAGGGAGGGGCGUCCUCUGGUCCCCGCGCUACGACAGCCAGGCAAGCCCCGCCAGCACCAGCUACCUCAAUGCCGAGGGGGACUGCAGGACUCAGCCUGAGACGGCGUACGUGACACGGUUCGCGGCGGGCUACGGCGCGUUCCUCCUCCAACCCAAAGUCGCAGCCCUGGUUCUCCUCGGUUUCGCGGGUUACCUCGGGAUCGCACUGUACGGGGCAGCGAAUGUCGGGACCGGGCUGGACCUGCGAGACCUGGCCUCCUCGGACUCUUACUGGACGACGUUUGUGACGCAGAACUUCAGGCUGUUCAACAGUGUCGGUCCUUUGUACACCGUUGCUGUUCCUGCUCACUCCUCCGACCUGAGCGUUCGGGCAGAAAGGGAUAAGCUCCUGCGCGUGGUAGCCACGAUCGAAGACGAUGCCUGCUUCCUCCGCGAACGCAACGGGCUAUGGCUGCGAGAUUUCAACCAGUACGAGACCAAUAAAGGAGUGAGGCCGGAGGAUCUGAACGGACCAGCCUUCAAGGAGGAGCUGCGAACGUGGCUGGAGGGUGCCGGAGAAAUAUUUCAGCCAGACUUCGUGAUUGACAAGGACAAGCCGUCGGAGUGGAGGAUGCUGAUGAGUCGCUUCAGGGUGAGGCAGAUACCUCCCAAGACCACGAGCGGGGACAAGACUGGCGUCCCUUGUCUCAAGAAGAUCAGAAGCAUUCUUGACGACAACUUCCCGCACGACUUGCACGACCGCCCGCUCACUGUCGAUGUGGACAACACGUUCGUCUUCUUCGAAGCCUCAGCCAUCAUUGUGACACAGACCAUCUUGAACCUUGUCUAUGCGGCCGCUGCCUGCUUCUUGGUUACCGUCAUCAUCAUUCCUCAUCCGAUCCUCUGUGUUGUUGCCAUGAUCGUCGUUUCCAUGAUUCUGGUCGGCACUUUGGCGAGCAUGACCCUGAUCUCCAACCUGAGGAUAGAGACGAUCUCCAUGAUAGACCUCGUUUUGGCCAUCGGCUUUUCCAUCGACAACGUGGCACACUACAUCCACGCCUUCAUGUCAAGCCGAGCCGGUGCAGGGGGAGACACGAGCGCAAGCACGCGGCGGAAGCUGAUGGCCAUUGACGCGCUGGAGAGGAUCGGGAUGCCAAUCCUAGCAGCUGAUCUUUCAACCAUGAUCGCACUGCUCCCUCUGGUGGGAUCCAAGAGCAGAAUCUUCGCCUCCUUCUUCUCCAUUCUCUUCACCGUUCUGUUUCUUGGCGGGAUUCAUGCUGUGGUUUUCUUGCCUGUCUUCUUGGGAUACUUCGGGCCUGUGCUGGGUCCAGCGCUGGAAGACAAACCGACGACUCUAGUGGAAGAUCAGGAGCUAUCGUUCCAAUCUACCGUUCAGAGAGUGGAAGUAACCCAGGAGGGGGAGGCUGAGAUCGUGAUAGACGAGCCCAAGUUGGCAGGGGAGUAUGGCAGCGGAUGA